UAUUGGAACAGAUCGGAUCGGGAGGGUGGUUGUUUCUGUUUGUAAAACAAAUACUAAAAGACGAAAAUACAACGCAUUAUUGUUUUUCCAAGAGAAACAUCUCAUUCACUUGUCCUUAACGUCGACCGACGUGAUGAUGACGGUGACGUACGGGGGAGGAGGAGACUGCAGCAUUAUGGGAGAUACUUUACUUAUUCUGUGCUGUGAUGUACUGCAUACCAUUUUCCAUAUAGAGCUGCUCGGAAUUUCCCAUCCCUCAGAUAAUCAGUCUUCGUCUUACUUCCAAACGGAAUCGAUCGUGGAAUCUAGUUUUUAUUUUAUUUUUUAAUUAUUCGAGUAGUAUUGUCUCGUUGAUCUCAUUUAAUAAAAAUACUCCGUUCUUUUUGUUAAGAUGCUUCCAUCGCCGCAAUAUUUCGCAUCAGCUUGUCCGACGGGUAUUGGUUCGUUGGACGAUUUAAAUAGUCCUGCGUUACGGGGUGACUUUUUGUGUACGUCUUCUAUUCCUGAGGCAGCGUAUUAUUAUAGUGGAAUACAUCCUCUGUUUCGUAUGCACGGUAAUGGUUUAUGGCCCUUGCCAUUCACUUCACUGCUAAAGACUUCCCAUCGACCAGAAAAACCACCUUUUUCGUAUAUUGCGUUGAUUGCAAUGGCUAUAAGCAGUGCGCCUAAUCAAAGACUGACUUUAAGCGGGAUAUACAAAUUUAUUAUGGAUAAAUUCCCGUACUAUCGAGAGAACAAACAAGGCUGGCAAAAUUCAAUUCGACACAAUCUCUCCCUCAACGAUUGUUUUGUUAAGGUUCCACGAGAUAAGAACACCAUUGACGAAAGUGAUGGUGUCGGUAAAGGAAGCUAUUGGAUGUUGGACUCAUCUGCCAAUGAUAUGUUCGAACAGGGCAAUUACCGAAGGAGACGAACUCGUCGUCAAAGACAAAGUUCAAAGUCACUGCUCGGUGGUGAACAUGACCUUAUGUGCUCACCCAACUCACAUCAAUCAGAUCUCCAGCUAUCCUUUAACCCAACGACGACGACUGAUUUAGAAGCUCAUCAAUUUAGUGCACUCAAUUACACCGACCGCAUUACGGAGCUUCACCGACAGUAUUUAGCUUCAAUAGCUCCUUUUAACAUUCUUUUCCGCAACAACACAUCCACAUCAACAUCAGCCUCAUCAUGUCCUUCCUCCUCUGUCAAUUUCAAUGCUGGACAAUACCAUCACAUUAGUCGAGACUUUGACCUAGACACCCAAUCAACUCAAUCGGAUAACUCGUGCAGCAGCCCCAAAGCCCCCCAACAACCAUCAAGCUACACAUCCAUCAAAGGAUCAACGUCAUCGUCCUUCAGUAUUGAGAACUUAAUAAAGAAAGACUAACACCUUCUUCUCAUAGAAAUAAUAUGACAACCAAAAACCCAGACCCAAAGAGUGUACUAGCAGUAGUCGACGAUUGUGAAUUAAAUGAAUGGCUUGACAUGGUGCGGUGCGGUGCGAUGCUGUGCGGUUCGGUGAUCGGUGGAUUUCUGGGAUGAGGACGAAUUAUUUUAACCCUCUUAAUGAGCUUUUAAUACCCAAGGGGUUCGUCCGUUGUGGCGGCUUUUCACAUAGCAAAAGCCCCUCUCGUCCAGUUUGACACCAUUAUUGUGCCAAAAUUGAGGAUAGGUUUUAAGGGAGGUCUUUUUUUAUAUCAUACCUAUAACCUACCCCCUUCUUGGUGCGACCAGCAGCAUCAGCGAUGUGAUGCGAUGAGCUAUCAAUUUAUCUGGAUGUAUCUCUUCAUUUCGACGAACGGAGAGAGAUGAUUAAUCAAUGUCAUCAUCAACAAAGCUGAUGGGCUGAUUGAAAAUGAAAAUAGACAUAGAGCUGCCGCGCAAUUUAAUUAUGAGACAUUUAUAAGCCCUACGAUUUGAAAUUUUCUAUAUACCUAUGGCUUUGGCUAUAUAGAACACAAAUAUAAUGAUAACUAGGGAUGACAGACAACACAAUUGCAACCUUUUCUCCGUCCGGUCCCAUUGCUCAUAUCUUCUCUCCUCAGAAUAAAAAGGGAAUAAAUAAAUAAAUAAACAUCGAACUCGUUUCCCUUAAUUUAUUUAUUUUUUUUUAAUAUAUUAUUUUUUAAUUUGAUGAGAUAAUGUUGACGAUGAUUACAUAGCUUUUUAAUAAUGAUGCUUACUUAAUCACUUGUAAAUUUGCAGGAUCUGUAUAUUGAUAGAUAGCUAGUUUGGUAAUCCCUAACAUUUAUAAUAAAUAACUAGGUUGUUUUUUUUUUAAUCGAAAUUAUACGAAUAUACAAUAUAAUCUGUAUAUAUAAUUUGUUUUGAAUGUAAUUAUAAGUAAUAACCUUCAUUUAAUUAAGU